UUGAGCUAAUCAGAUGAACACCAGUCUUGGUAAAUUCAAGUACAUUGCUAAUGAACUGCUUAUACCAAUUGCAUUUUUUUUCUUAAGCUUCUCUUCUUUUGGAAACGGAGACAUCUUACUACCUCUAGUUUGCUCACGUGGAAAUUGCUUUUUGACUCCAUAACUCUCUGGAUCUCAUUUUAUUUCAGAUAUAUAUUGUGGCAGAGGAGACCAAAACGAUACGGAAGGAGAAGCUUCAUUACCAUUUUACACAAAAGACCUCUAACCUUUUUUGGUGUUAUUUCCAAUUUUCUUCUCGGCAGAGUUUUACAAAUUAUUCACUUCCGUUAACAGUCUGCAAGAGAAAGUUGAGCUGAAUUUGGCUUUCAAAGACUUCAUAAUGAAAUGAAAGGUUAAGACUUUUUCAAAACAAGCCACUAUUAGGUGCUGAUUAGCUUAUGAUGAAAUAAGUUGAAAGACUUGAGUCCUAUUCCCUUACCAGAAAUUGACUUAAAUUGAGCUAUUUAUGCAAGGGCACCUAAAAAUCCCAGAAGCUCUCUAAUUCUGAGCAUCCAGUUUUUUCCGAGUCUGAAUUUUCCUGAAAUUGUCUCUGAUGAUUGAAAUCAAAACAAAUCUGAAAUCAAAACAAAAUCAGUAGAAGCUGAGAUGUUUCAACAGUUCUUAAAUUCUGGAUUUUGGUAUCAAAAAUGUAAAUUUAGGUCAGCCUUUGCAAACUAUAAUCUAAACUUUAUGGCCUAACCUUCCUGCGAUGUCAAGCAGGCAUGACAGUAUUGUAGAUAAAACUCUUCAUAUUUAUUACAAACGGUAUUCUGCAUAAAAUCGACCUUAAAUAAGUAAUAUUGCAGAUGCAAAAGGAAACACUGGGAAGUUAGGAUAUGCCACCGGUUUGAUUUUACAGCAUCUUAAAUGUAACAUAAAAGCCUUUUAACUUUCUGAUACCUGUGGCAGGUACUAUACAGCAGGUGUCAUGAAAGCGCGUGACAGAAAUGCAUUAGUCCUCAGCCAGGAAAAAGACUUUGAUGCUCAUAUUAGUCAAUCACACAGACUCACAGGGCACCUGAUGUGCCCAAAACUCAGGUGCUUUCCCAGAUGUGCCCUUUGCCUUCCCAAAAGUCAUGUCCAACUUUCCACCUCCAUUAAAUGAAGAGAAGACAUGCUCGACAGGAAGAAAAUUAAAUAACAGCCCUGCAACACUUUGAAGACACAGCAGGCCAAGUUUUAAAGAGGAAAUGCAUUACUUCGUGCAAAUAAAUAUUUGUCAUGGUAUUUAUUAGGCAUGGCAGCUCCAUAUAUCUGCUGCAGUUGAAGCUUUGAACGGAUGGAAAAAGUUCCUUUGUGAGCAAAAAGGGUCAUUUUCUGCAUCCACAGAGCAUAGGAACAUGCAACUUGCAAUAACUGAGCAAUUCAGCGCACCCACAAGGAAGUAGAUGACUAUCCUCCACCACAAAGUGCUGGCUUGCAAAAUAACAAUAUUUUAAUUUAAAGAGUUUUGGAGCCAUUUGGAACUGUCUACUGUAACUAUUUUACAUGGAAAACAAGUUCAGUCUGGUCUUAACUAAGGGAAAACAUAAACAUCUACUAAUAGGGAAGAAACAAAGUUUAAUUUGCCCACGGAUCAGUGAAUUCUAAAAAUGUGCAUUCAUUUUGGGUGGACUCUGCCCUUUCUCAGCAUUUAAGAUUCAUGAGUGAGGGCCAGUGGAGCUUAGAGAGGAAGACAGCCCUCACAAUUCGUAUCCACUCCUGGCUUUACUGACUGCUGCCCCAGUAAUAAACAACACAGAAACUGAAUACGUCGAUAAGUAAAUAAGGCUAUCUUAAGAGGUGACAUGAACCUUGAAGAGUAUUUUGCUAGAACUGGCUAUAAAGGUUCCCUUGAAAAACAAGAUUUAGAAACCUUAACCGAUAUAUUCCAGCACCACAUCCGUGCUGUUCCUUUCGAAAACCUCAGCAUCCAUUGUGGGGAGAAAAUUACUUUGGAGUUGGAGCAUGUUUAUAACAAAAUCGUGCGGAGGAAGCGGGGUGGCUGGUGCAUGGAAAACAACCAGCUGUUGGGCUGGGUCCUGAAAUGCCUGGGGUACGACGCCAGCUUUCUAGGAGCGUAUGUGUUCAAUCCACAUCAAAAUGCCUACGCCACCAUCAUGACCCAUCUCGUGGUAAAGGUAGUUAUUGAUGGCAAAGCCUAUAUUGUUGAUGGAGGCUUUGGUGUAUCCUAUCAGAUGUGGCAACCGAUGGAGCUUGUGUCGGGGAAAGACCAGCCCCAGGCUCCCGGUGUCUUUCGCUUCACGGAAAAAAAUGCCAUCUGGUACCUUGAGAAAAUGAGACGGAAACAAUAUAUCCCAAAUCAAAAUUUCUCUAAUUCUGAUCUUCUGGAGAAAAAAGAGUGUAGGAAAGUUUAUAUGUUCAGCCUUGAGCCACGGACAGUGGAAGAUUUCAGUUUCCAGUGCACGUACCUUCAGACAUCGCCAGAUUCCCUCUUUACAAAGAAAUCCAUCUGCACCCUCCAGACCACUGAUGGCUUUCGAGCACUAAUCGGGUGGACACUGACUGAGACCACAUACAACUACAAGGAAAAUAUGGAUCUGGUGGAAUUCGUAACUCUUGAAGAUGAAGAGGUGGAAAAAACACUCAAAGAGAAAUUUAACAUAACCCUAGAUAGAAAACUUGUCCCAAUUAAUGUCAAAGGAUUUUAUACAAUCUAGAUGACCAGGAGAACCUGCAAUAAUGCUGUCUAUGUACAUUCACUGUCUGUGCAAUCACUAAGAUUAUGGGAUUCUUUUGCAGGUGACUGAAUGAAAAAUACAUUAAUACCAGAUUAAAGUGAAUUUCACUCUGGGAAAAAUUAGGAAUUUAAGACUCUUCUGCCAGGUAGAUAGAAUUAUUUGCUGUGAGAUGACUGCAGUUCAAUUUUUGGCACAACUAUAGGAUCUGAUUUGAAUUUGGUUAUAAACUUGGGUAAUAAAUAUGUCUGGGGAAUUUUGGAGUGCCUAUAGCACAUGGAUUAUUAAUUGUGAUAUGCUGUCAACACAUUUUCUAUGGUUAUUAUAGGGAGAAAAGUAAUCUGUGAGCAUUUAGACAAUGAAGUACACAUUUAAAACUUAAUUUUUCACAAGGUCUAACCAUUUGCAGCUCAUCUCAUUUCUCUACCUUUAAUAAAAGUAAAACAAUGUCAUCUUUGAAAGGAGCAUUAGGAGGCAUAAUUCUCUGACCGUCAUCCUUAGACAAAACAUGGUACAAAAUGAAAAUUAUCAUCAUGAGCAUCCCUUUUGUCAUGGCUGCAGUAAACUGCCCUAAGUAAGUUUUGAUAUGUGCAUAUUUUCUGGUGGUGCAAAUUGUAUAUAUUGCAGCAUUACUGUGGCUGAUGGGCUCUAAAGAAAUACCUACAAGCUUUGCUGCUGAUUAAGUAAUCAUCCUAUAAAGGGGAAUGGUGCUUAAACAUCACAACUAGCUGCAGUGCUAGGGUCUGAAUAAUAGGUCCCGAAACAAAGUUGACCUCUAGGUGAACCUCACAACUAAACGUUAUCCAUUAUUAGUAUCUGUUAAUUAGUAAAAUCUGUAUUACCAUUAGCAUCAAUUAUUAGUAUCUGAUCAUUAAUGAAAUAUGUAUGCUCACUAGUUAAAGAUGUAGCUUAGAAUAUAACCAGUAGUGAGGAUGAAAUGUUGUGGGAAUGUAUUCAACUUUCCUUGUUCAGCCUUGUUCAAGGCUGAGAACCCAAGUGUUUGGCCUUGUUAGACCCUGCCUUGGUUCUCCCCCGUGAGCCUCGGCCAGGCUUUGGGUAGAAUCCAACAUGAGGAUGAAACCAGAUGUUUCCUCUCAAAGCAGAGGUGCAAAUUAUUCUGGCUUGCUGAUUUUUGGUAUGUAAGGCUGGACUUGCCUACUGCAACUCACCUACGGAUGGAUGCAGUGCGUAGGACUUCCCACUUGCAGGGAAAGUUUCUCCAAAUCCUCGCUGCAACCAGGCUCCCCAGCGACUGUGGGUCUGGAUGUUGGUAACGUAUGCAAGUGGUGAUGGAUCUUUCUUAAUCACUGUUCUCCCCAUCGUGUAGUAAUGAUUAGGUGCGUUGCCUUGCUUAACUGUGUGUAGUAAUAACUAAGUGUACUGUUCUGUAUUUUUCUUAUUGCUUAUUUUUGUAGUACUUAGUUAUAUCCUUUAAUUAUUAACAGUAA